AUGAAAAGUACCAAGCGCGCCGAAGUCCUCCUAGGAAGUGGAAAUUAUUUCCAUUGGGAGUUCAAUAUGAGGAUGUCGCUCGCCAGAAAAGGACUGCUGGCGCACGUGGAGGUGGUCAAGGCGGAGAGUGAGAUAACGGAAGCUUGGUUAGUAAAUGACGCAAAGGCUCUCGGCAUCAUCGCGCAGGGUGUGGAACUACAACACCAGACAAAGAUCCGUUCGUCGACGCGUGCUAUUCAAGCGUGGGUAACACUUAGGGAGUUCUACAAUCGCACUACACUCCACAAUCGGGUCACGAUGACACGGCGCCUCCACGAAUUCAAGAUGGAUGCUGGAACUGUAACGGGGCACCCUGAAGCUUGUACUGGUGACAGUACAAGCUACUUAUUCUGA